CUCUCUUUAUACUCCAUAGUCCAUCCAUCAGUCAAUUCUUCUCAAAAUCUAACUUGCGCUCUCUCUGUCCCUCGAUCGAUCGAGAUACCAAAACUCCUCUGAUUUCCGGUGCUGAUUUUUCUUUUAGUUGUUGCUUCAAAUCAUCAUGUUGAAAGAGAUAGAUGAUUCCGUAGCUAAUAUUAAGAAGUGGGUGGUGUUUUAUCCUAUAUACAUUAAUUCCAAAAAGACACUUGCUCAAGGAAGGAGGAUAAGUGCAAGCAAGGGCUGUGAAGAUCCCACCUGCAUUGAGAUUGGGGAUUGCUGUGGCGCCCUAAAGCUCCCAUAUGCUAUUGAGAUCAAUAAGGCAUAUCCUCGUGACUUCAUGCAAGUAGGGAGAGUAAGGGUACAACUCAAAAGAGAAGAUGGUACUCUGUGUAAUCCGGAUAUCAAAUCGAGGAAAGAUAUGAUGCAUCAGGUUGCAGCCAUGGUUCCAAGGCACCCAGGAAGAAACAAAAAACAGGCGGCAGCAUCGUCAUCUUCAGCAUCCGCAGGAGCUUCUUCUAAGGCUGGAGCUUCUUCUAAAGGAGGAAAGGGUGGAAAGAAAAAGAAAUGACCCUUCGAUUAUGUGAAUCCCCUAUCAUAAGCGAUAUCAUCUCCAUCUCUUUUAUUUCCCCAGUCAAACCGUUUUCUGUUGUUAUUUAGGAUAUCGUGUAUACAGGGUUUUAAACCAUUCUUAAUCAGGCGGGAGGAACAAUUGUUUUCUUCAUAUUACAAAAGAGAUCAAGGUUUAGAUUACACACAUUGUUUUUCCUAAUUUAUCGUGUUAAGUUUUCAA